AUGAACGGGAAAGCUUCCGUUUCUAAAGAGCUUCAUGCCAAACACACCAAGAUCUUAGAAGGACUUCUUAAGCUACCUGACAACAGGGAAUGUGCAGACUGUUGGACCAAGGCACCGCGAUGGGCUAGUGUGAACUUAGGAAUUUUCAUUUGCAUGCAGUGUUCAGGGAUUCACCGGAGUCUUGGAGUGCAUAUAUCAAAGGUGAGGUCCACAACUUUGGAUACAUGGCUACCAGAUCAAGUUUCUUUCAUGCAAUUUAUGGGUAAUGUGAAGUCAAAUAAGCACUGGGAGGCUAAACUACCACCGGAUUUUGACAGAAAUGGAUAUGGAAUCGAGAAAUUUAUCCGUGCCAAGUAUGUGGAGAAAAGAUGGGCUUCGCCAGGUAAGCUACAAUCAGCUCCGAAGUCGGCUGAAAUCUUCUUUGAGAUCAAAGAGUUACCAGCUGCGGCGGCCAAGAAUGGUAUUAAAAAAAACAGGAGAUUGUCUCUUGAGGAAAGCAUUCUAGUGAAUCACAUGGCACAGAUUCGGCCUCCAAUACCGAAAUCUUACGAGGGCCCCUUAUUAGAUAUUCCGAUGAAGAUUUCACCACCACUAUUAAAGAGGCCAUCAGCAUCACUUGAUUUUGAUAACGCCAUUGGAAAUAGCAACGGUACCAUCGAUCUUUUUAACUUGCUUUCCAUCCACGACGAUAAACAGAGUACCUCAACUACACCUGCUAGUUGGACAACAUUUGAUUGUAAGAUUACAGUACUUGUAUCACAUCCUCUGAAUCCUUCUCCUAUUUUCUUGUAUACUCUUGGUAAUAAAAAUUCUCGGAGAAUUAUCAUAGCCGGUGAAUAUUUUUGCCGAGACAAAUUUAAUGCUGUUAUAGCUUAUCUUGCAUUCACAUGGCUCAUUUAUGUUUACAGGAGAAGGCGCGUGAAUUGUGUUUGUUCAUAG